CCCCGGCUCCCCCCCCCGGGCGGCGGCGGGGCCAGUGGGCGGGGGCCGGGCGGAGCGGGGCUCACGGCUCUGCUCGGCUCGGCACAGCGCGGCUCGGCUCGGCUCCUCUCUCCCGCCAUGGCAUCCAAGUGCCCCAAGUGCGACAAGACCGUGUACUUCGCCGAGAAGGUGUCCUCCCUGGGCAAGGACUGGCACAAGUUCUGCCUGAAGUGUGAGCGCUGCAACAAGACCCUGACCCCAGGCGGGCAUGCUGAGCAUGAUGGGAAGCCCUUCUGCCACAAGCCCUGCUACGCCACACUGUUUGGGCCCAAAGGGGUGAACAUUGGUGGUGCUGGGUCCUACAUCUAUGAGAAGCCGCAGAUCGAGGGGCAGACUGCGCCAGGACCCAUCGAGCACCCAGUGAAAGUGGAGGAGAGGAAGGUGAAUGCUGCACCUCCCAAGGGACCCAGCAAAGCUUCCAGUGUCACCACCUUCACUGGGGAGCCCAACAUGUGCCCGCGCUGCGGCAAGAGAGUCUACUUUGCGGAGAAGGUGACUUCACUGGGGAAGGACUGGCACCGUCCCUGCCUACGCUGUGAGCGCUGCAGCAAGACGCUGACCCCGGGAGGCCAUGCCGAGCAUGAUGGACAGCCGUACUGCCACAAGCCCUGCUACGGGAUCCUCUUUGGGCCAAAGGGUGUGAACACCGGAGGUGUGGGAAGCUACAUUUACGACAAAGACCCUGAGGCGAAGAACCAGCCCUAGAUGGCGUCCCCCUGCCCACCCGCCUGCUCUGUGCCCCUGUACUAACCUCCUGCUCGCAGACGGAGCAGACCCUCGCCAGGCUGGCCACAGAGCUGUGCUCUCUCUGCUGUCUCUACUCAGGGCAGGACAGCCCUGCCCCCGGGUUAUAUAUCAUAGUCUCUAAUAUAAGCUUCAGUGUUUAAACGUAGAA